AGUGGAGUUGGACCUUUGACUGUCCUCUGAGACAAAGCCUCAGCAUGGUGCAGCUGUGAGAAACGAUGGCAGGAGCAAUAGAGCUGCUAGAAUCUUUGGAGGACUUGGGAGACAAAGAAUUUAAGAAGUUUAAGUGGUACCUGCAGCAGGCAGAGUUCCUGAAAGCCAUCCCGUCCAUUCCAAAAUGCCAGCUCGAGAGUUCAGAUCGUGAGGAUACCGUGGACCUGAUGGUGCAAACCUACAGCCGCCGGUGUGUGGAGGUGGCCAGGAUGGUUUUACAGAGGAUGAAUAGGAAUGAUCUGGCAGAGAAGUUGUCAAAUGCUGCAUCCAAGGCUGCAGGGGAGGUUUCUCCAACAGAAGCCUGCAGUCAUGAGGUCAUUUUUGGAAAUAAGGGGGUUGAAGUCCUGCCCAAGAACACGCUGGUGUCCAACGGAGCAGGAAAUCAACCCACUGAGUCAACUGAGGAACAGCCUCUCUACUCUUCUGAUUCAUCUUCACCACAGCCGUCUGAUGAGCCAGUUCCUGCCACAUCUGGGGAAACUGAAGGACUAAUGAACUCAUCACCAAACAAUCUGUUCUCUCCUGUUUCUGUGGUGGUCAGCAGUGAUGAAGGGAAUGAAGCAGAUUUAUUUAUUUGUCCGAUAGUCAUUCCACCAGUCACAAAGCAACGCGAAGGUGUGAAGAUGUCAGCACUGCCUUGUCCACAAACCACAUCAAGCCCGGCUGUGCUGCAGUCUAACCUCCAGAACAUGUUCAUAUCUGUGAAAGAUGAUUGGUUGGAGAAGCAUGACGAGGAGACCCUGUGCUACCUGAAUCCAGAGCUGUUCAUCACCGAUGAUGAUGCCACAGGCUCAGAAACAGAAACAUCUAAACCGGUGAAUGUCAGCAACAUGUUUCAACAUCUGUCCAGAAGAGGCAAAUCCAACAAAACAGUGGUGACCAAAGGGUGUACUGGCAUCGGCAAAUCCUUCCUAGUGCAACAGUUUAUGUUGGAUUGGGCUGAAAAGAGAUUCAAUCAAGAAUUUCACCUCGUUUUCCCUUUUGAUGCUCGUCAGUUGUAUUUAUGGAGAGGAGAGAGGUUUACUCUGGCAGAGCUAAUUCACACAGUCGUUCCGGGAAUGUCGUCCAGCGGCAUUACGGAGGAGACUCUGAACGCAAUCUUCACAGAUUUACAAAAUGUGAGAAAAACCAGUUGUGACAGCAGUGAAUUCAAACUUUUGUUUAUCAUUGAUGGUUUGGAUCAGAAUUUCCUGGAGUUUGACUUUAUCAGCAGGACAAAUAAAUCGAACGCAAGAAAGUCAAGUAGAGUAGAGGUGCUUCUGACUAAGCUCAUUAUGAAGAAAUUGCUUCCAGCUGCUCACCUCUGGAUUACCACACAAUCUGAAACAGCCAGUCAGAUCCCUUUUGAGUUUGUUGACAUGGUGACGGAGCUGAGAGGGUUCAGCGACCCACAGAGAGAGGAGUACUUUAGGAAGAGAUUCAGAGAUGAGCCACGGGCCAGAGAAAUAAUCUCCCACAUCAAGACAUUAAAAAUGAUUAAUUUCCUGUGCCGCAUGCCAGUUUUCUGCUGGAUCACUGCUGUAGUUCUGGAGAAUCUGUGGGAAACAAGAGAGAGAGGAGCUCUUCCCAGCACCAUGACAGAGAUGUACACAGAGUUCCUGGUGGUUCAGAUCAACCACAUGAAGGAAAAGUAUGAUACUGGAAAGUGCAUCAUGUACAUCAAGUCUCUGGCCAAACUGGCCUUUAAGCAGCUCCUCAGAGAUAACACUGUAUUUACUGAUGAGGACUUAAGAAGCUGUGGCCUUACAGUGACAUCAGAGCGCUCUGAAUGGUUCAAAGAGAUCUUCAAGACAUUUUCUGGAAAGACGUCAGACAAUUACCCGAAGAUGAUUUCUUGUUUUACUCAGUCCAGCAUUCAGAAGUUUCUUGCCGCUGUUCAUGUGAUCACUUCCCUGGUCUCCAACAACAAAAAUGUGAUGCUUGAGUCAUGGAUGACAGUUGAGAACUGGCUCCCCUGUUUCCCCAGAACCUCGACAACAAAACUUCAUAAAACGGCACUGAAGAGAACCUUGAAAACUCCAAAUAAACGGCUUUUUUUGUUCCUACGGUUCGUCAUGGGUCUUUCUCUGCAGACAAAUCAGUUUCUCCUACAUGACCUGCUGGCACCAACAAGAAGUACCUCAUGGUCCAACCAGAAAAUAAUUAAGUACAUUAAGCGAAAAAUCAGUGCGAGUACAUCACCAGAAAAGAUCUUAAUAAUGUUUCUCUGUCUGAAUGAGCUGAGGGAGGACUCUGUUGUGGAGGAGAUCCAAACGUGCCUGAGAUCACAACGUCUUUCCAAGGAUAAACUAUCAGCUGAUCAGUGGUCAGUUCUGAUCUUAAUCUUACUAUCAUCAGAAAAACAUCUGGAUGAGUUUGACCUGAGCAAAUACUCUGAGUCAGAGGAGGUUCUGCUGCAGCUCAUGCCAGUCCUGGAAGCCUCCAGAAAAGUUCUGUUAACGGGCUGCAGAUUAUCAGAGCGACCCCUGGAAGCUCUUUCUCUGGUUCUCAGUUCUCAGUCCUCCAGUCUGAGAGAACUGGACCUGAGCAACAGUGACCUGCAGGAUUCAGGAGUGAAGCUGCUCUCUGUUGGGCUGCAGAGUCCAAACUGUAAACUGGAAAGUCUCAAGAUGUGUAACUGUUUGGUUGCGGAGGCUGGGUGUGAUUUUUUGGCUUCAGCUCUGAACGCCAACCCAUCCCACCUCAGAGAACUUGACCUGAGUCACAACAAUCCAGGAGAGGCAGGGAUGGAGCAGUUAGCCGCUGGACUACAGGACCCAACCUGGAGGCUAGAGACGCUGAGGUUGGACCACUGUGGAGAGCAAAAGCUGCAGCCUGACAUCAGGAAAUAUACCUGUGAACUUGAGCUGGACCCAAACACAAUAAGCCAAAACCUCAAACUGUCCAAAAACAGGAGGAAGGUAUUUUCAGGUUACCAUGAGUAUCCGGAUCAUUGUGAAAGAUUUGACUUCUGGCCCCAGGCGCUGUGUAAACAUGCUCUGCCUGGUCGUUGUUACUGGGAGGUGAAAUGAAAAGGACUGGUUGACAUAGCUGUUAGCUACAGAGGAAUCCGCAGAAAAGGAAACACUUUUGAAUCUCUGUUCGGAAGAAAUGACAAGUCCUGGACUCUGACAUGCUUCCUCAACAGUUUUGGUGUCUUCCAUGACAAAGAAAAAAAGGAAAUCCGUUUGCCUUCUCGUGUUUAUGACAGAGUAGCCGUCUAUGUGGACCAUCCUGCUGGUAUUCUGUCCUACUAUCUGGUCUCCUUUGACACAUUGAUCCACCUCCACACCUUCCACACCACAUUCACCGAAACACUUUAUGCUGGAUUUGGAUGUGAUCGGGAGAACGCACUUGACUGGUUCAGAAUUAGGUCUUCAGUGUCCAUCUGUUCACCGUUAGUAGAUGAGUCUGCAGAAACUGCUGCUGAGCAGACAUCAACUACUUAGUUAGUAAAUAUGUUGUUUAAUGUCUACUAAUUCAAAAUGACAGUAAACUUGUUCAUAUGUUUGGGUUUUUUUUAAGUAUAAACAGGAGUUUGUGUUGCUGUUUCUUUUCAAUGUUUUAAUUAGAUUAACAAGAUGAAAACAUUGACUGGUUCCAGGUUGGAAGAAAAAUCUUGUCCAAGUUUGAGCAAUGCAAUUUAUUUUUGAUUAAAACAAAAACAUUUCUUAUGUAUUCAAAUAAAAUAGUCAUCCAUGUCUGAUUAACUUUUUUCCUCAUUAAUCUCUUAACCCAACUGAGACUUUAUUUUACCCAACUUUUAUUUUAUUUUAUCUGUUCUACUGA